GACAAAAAUCCUCGGCUCCCGGUGUCGGGCGGGGGUGAUCUAUUGAACGAAAGAGAACAUGAAUGAACUUGAUAAACGGAAGAUGAAAAGGACAGAGAGGGAUUGUUCCCGAGGCCUGCUAGCCUGACCUACCCGACGCCCUUUAGAGUAGUCCGGCCUGGAUGGACAGAUUUUUCCACGAACGAGCAAGAAUGCCGUCCAUUGGCACGGGUAGCGUCGACCUGCGAUCCAUCUUGGGGAGCAUUCUGAAUGUGGUCAAGAGCCGAGCCAAUCAGAUCUGCGCCGCCACUUGCGAUGGCCUCGUCCUCAGAAUGCACUACAGGUGGACCUUCUGCAUCAUGCUCGGAGGGUUUCUCACCGUCUGGUACUCAUGGUAUUAUCGUGACGUCAUAACCUGCGUGUCACACUUCAACGCCGAAACGCAAGUCCGACUCGACUACAUCAACAUCUGCCUCUCGUACCCCUACGUGGAGGACAGCGGCUCGAGGCGCUACCUGCUCUUCUACCGGUGGAUCUCGUGGUCGCUGCUGGUGCUCGCCGGCGUCUACUACAUCCCACGGAAAGUCUCUAAGAGCUUCGACAACGCCCGCUGCAAGAAGCUGCUCGAGGAUCUCGCUGCCAACGCCCACCGGUAUGACCAGGCGGAGCGCGAGCUCGUCGAGAGGGCCGCCCGGUACAUCCUGUUUAACCUCAAGACGCACAACGGCCUCUACUGGAAGUUCUUCUCGGUGAACCUGAUGGCGCUCGUGGUCGACGUAUUCGCCAUGCAGUACCUGGACUUCAUCCUACAGGGCCGCUUUAUCCAGUACGGCUUUAGGGCCUAUCCGUUCGACAGGGAUCCGCAGCACUUCACCGACUUCAUGUCUCAGACGUUCCCGCCGUUCGCGCUGUGUGAGCUCUCCACCGAAAACCAGCUGGUGAACAAGCGGACGGAGGUUUUCGGUUGCCACCUCACCAUCAUGGAACUCUACGAGAAGCUUUUCCUCGGGCUGUGGCUGUGGCUCAUCAUCCUGGCCUUCGUCACCUGCUGUUACAUCAUCUUCCUGUUCGCCAUGUGGCUGCCAUGCGUGCGCGUGUACCUGCUGCGCACCGCCAAGCCCGCACACGCCAACGACAACGUCCGUGCGAUGGUGGUCAAGGUCUGCAAGAACUGCAAGAUCGGAGACAUUUACCUGCUGUACAGGAUCAAAGGUCAUCUCAGCCACGCCCGCUUCUACGAGCUCAUGACGCGGCUGUCGGACCCCAACCUCUUCAACAAGCAGGUGGUGGGCAACCCGGCCUCGGCGGCGCCCGACACCAAGGACAAGAUGCCGCCCAACAAGCAGCCGGACACGCUCAGGAACCGCCGCCCCAACGUGCCGCAGGAUCCGCCCAUCAACCCAGACUACCUCCACCAGCUGCUCACCAACCCGGAGAUGAUGUCUCGGAACCCGCAGCAUCCCGACCAGCGGACGCCGCUGCUCAAGAAAAACACCAGCAUCUUAAUUGAAUAGUCAGUCGCGUAGUCUUAGAGCUACACUUGAGAUUCCUAAUUCUUAAAGCUGCCAUAGGACGAGGUGCUGCCCGAGGUUGGUCUUCGCUUCUGGCCUAGGACUCUUCUAUCCCUCAACAUGAGACGCCCAAGAACAGCCCCACCGAGACAAGCUCCUUCAAGGCCGCAAAGAGGCUUCAAUUUGGAGAAUCUGAAGCCAGGGAACGAUCGAGCUAAGGCUUGGCACGGAUGGGCCAGCGCCGGCGGGGGCUUGUCUCCUCGUCGGUGCGUCGAACGAAGCUCUUGAAAAUUUUCCAAACGGUCAACCAUGACCAUAAAACGGACGCUUCACUGCCCGGGCGACGCGGCGUCCUCAACCGCCUCACGCGGCGCUUAGGGUUCCUCGCAAGCCCUGGGGGCUCCGCACGGCUCCGAGGGCGUACCGGUGGACGACGACAACGUAUGUCGCGCCUCGUCUUGACAAAUGUCGUCGCUGGGAUAACCCUGGCGCAUGGCGGACGGCGAAGGGGCGCCCUCGCUCGAGACGCACAGAAGACGUACAGACUCGGUUGAAAAGGUGAAGAGAGAACAAACCAGUGGUUACAUGGACGAGAACAAAAAGUGCCUUAGCUGAAUUCUGUGUCAAUUCCAAUACUAUUUUUUUCUUCUUUUUUUUAAGGCUGUUAGUGUUGAACUGUUAUCACCGUAGUUUUUAAUAAUGUUUAUUUAUUACAAGUGACUGAACCAGAGGUGCUAGAGUCAGCGUGAAAUGAUUUACAGGAAAAAAAGGAAAAUGAAAAUAGUGUGCAGUGCGGCCUCUCCCCUCAAGGGCCCGUGACGCACGUUCCCAGGCAUUAGCAUCAACGGCGCUUGGCUCUUCGUCGCCGUCGACAGCUCUUCCAUUCUCCAUUUUUAUAUAUUGAUAUACACUCCCAUUUUUAUAUAUGUAUGUGUAAACUAAUGGAUUCUUCAAUGAUGGUGGAAAGAAGAGAGGGCCGAUGGCGCUCUCUGAGUUUCUUUUGCUCAGACCAUUAUUUUUUUAACUGUAUCACCGAAAGGAUUCAUUUCAAUGUUGAAAGACGCAGGCUCGCCGAUCAUCUUUCUUCGCUUUCUUGAGACGGAAAAGGAUAAGACGGAAAUAUCAAGAAAGCGACGAAGAAAGGAUGUGGAAAGGAGAGGAGAGAGAGACGAAAGGGUCACCUCCCAGGAAGAAGGAAGGCAGACACUGUAUCAAUUUGAAAGUAUUUUCCUUUUUCUUUAUCUCCUAAAUUCUAUUUUUAUCAUGACGUUUCAUAUAUUCGGUGUUAUCAUUAGGCUCGUUUUCCCAACGACAAAACAGAUUAUUCGGACAUGCACAUACGUACACACACUUACAGGCACAUACACAUAAAUGCACACGUACACACACGAGGCCAAAAAGGAUUAUGAUGAAGAAAUUUUUAAAUCCAUUAAAGACAUCAGUCUCUGCUUUUGUUAUGAGACUAACAAUAUAUAUAUAUAUACAUCCAUGUAUAUGUAUAUACGAUAUAUAUGUGUAUAUUAUAUAUAUAUAUAUAUAGAAACAGCUUUACUGAGACUGAAAGGCGUCCCAAGUCUGGAUCCAAAAUUGUAAUUUAACACCCCCCCCCCCUUACCCUCCCGCCAAAAAUAGAGAAGUAAUCAUUUCCCUAAAACUUUAUCCACUUUUUUCAUUUCACUCUUCAUUAUAUUACAACUGUGAUAUUUCUCUAGGAUUAAGAAAUCUCCUUUUUUGAUACGCAACUUUGGGGGAAAAGAGAUGUAAUUAUUUCUUUCAAUUUUUGAUUUUUUCCCCGGUUGCUGCCAUAUGUUAAAUAAAUGAGUGCAUGCAUGUUAGUAUUUUUUUUUUCUGAUAAUUUUUUUUCCUCCUUUUUUUUUGGAUUUUAAGUGUUGUUUUUUUCUCUGUGUUCUUUGUACGAUCCUUUGAAUAAUAUGACAUUUUGA